AUGGUAAUGAAAAAACGGAAGACGAAAAUAACGCAAAUGAGGCGACGAAGUAGUGCGCGAAAAAUAGUGACAAGGAAACGCAGGCGAAAAAGAAGUAUUGUGCAUAUCGAGAAUGUUGAAUUGCAGACCAUACCUUCUACCUCCUCCUUGCAAUCUUUAAAUUCAUUGCCAAAGGCGCAACUAUCUAUGCAGAAUGGUAGUAAUGGUGACGAUUUCAUUGGAGACAAUUGUUUUCCUUUUUCUGAUCUUCCUUUGAAUGUCCAGAAGAAAAUUUUGUCUUAUUUGCCCUUAAAAUGCCGUGUACGCUUGGAACGUGUAUCGAUGACGUGGAAAAGAUUAUUAAAUAUAUCUUGGCAGAAUAUUACCUUCGCAGAUAUCCCAUCGACUGUAACAAAUUCAUUUCAAAUCCGGCCAAUUGAUGAUCAUCAUGUUUGUGGUUUCUUACAGAAAUGCGGGCGUUAUUUACGUUACAUUGAUUUUUUUAUUCCGCAUGUGAAUAUUGGCAGACAUGUAUUGUUCAGUAUCUGUCAGAGAUGUGUAAACUUGCGUGAAUUACGUCUAAUAACAGAUGUAAGUGGUUGUGCAAUGACAAAUCUGCUCAAAGAGUAUAGCCAUCAGUUGGCCCAACUCCAGGCUCUCAGUAUUAGUUAUCAGGCUCAAGAUGAACUCUAUAAUGGGAUGCGUGCUGUGGCUCGUUCGAUGACAGAAUUACGUUCUUUUCGUUUGGAUUGUUAUACAAUGCCUGCAAAUGUAUCCGCUUUGUUUCCCAAUAGUCCUCAUAUGAAGAUCUAUUCGAUUUUAUUGAAACAGCCAGCUAAUGUUGGUAUCAGCAGUAGCUCGUUGACUGCAGGAUCUACUAUGCAGUAUGAAUGUAAAUAUGUUCGUCCAGAAUUUGUAAUUGAUUUCUUUGCUUACUUGGGGGAUGUGUAUCUCGAGCUUGAACAACUUGAUAUCUCAUUUGAUACCAAUUACCCGGUAAAUGAAGAGAAAAUAUUUCACAAUUUGCGUAUGAUCGGAACAACGCGUGCUUUGAAACGUUUGAACUUACGGAUUGCUGCGUUGUUGGAUAAUAGUACGGAAUGGUUUGGAACACGAGCAUUACAAGCGCUGGCCUAUUUUCCGACACUUACGCACUUAUCGCUAUGGACAUGUGCUCUACCAUUUGAUUUGCCUUAUAUUCUGGCGAAAUCACCACUAGCGAAUAACUUGACCAUGCUUCGAUUAGCUAUCGUGCGCAAUCUGUCGAAUAAUAUGUUAUGCGCCAUAUUUCGUGCAUUACCAUCGCUCACUUCAUUUACUUUAAUAUACAGUGUUGAUGGACGUUUCAUAUGCCCAGCUUGCAUUGAUGUAUUGACUUUCGUGCAGUUAUUUGAGUGUUGUCCUAGGAUAAGCGAGCUGGAGCUGCAUGAUUGUGUGACAGUGGAUGCUACACGCUUGGCCAUAGCUGCUCACUCGCAUUUUCAUAGUUCAAGCACUUCUUUAGGAAAUGGUCGUUUGAAAAUAGUGAUCAAAACAAAAGAACGUAAACGACGGCGUGACUCACUAAAUAGGCUAUUGCGCUGCUGUACAGAGAUUGAAAGCACACAAAAUACAACGAUUAUUAAUAUCUACAAAACAUGCUGCCAUUCAAAAAAGGCACCAACUAUUUCUGGACAUCGAUAA